CAUGUCUGUUUCUCUCUCUUGACACCGCUGCGCGUCUUUGUGACUCAUGACAGGUCCGAAGAUUCCAUCUUCCAACCUCAUCACUACUCCAAAUUAGGCCAACCGUUGAGACCCGCGUUACUCUCUCUCUCUCUCUCUCUCUCUCUGCAUCUGCAAUUUCUUCCUACCCAUUUUCUUAGAAGGUGCGAAAGAGAGAGAACCCAAACGGAUUUCUCAAUCCAAAGGGGUCCAAAAUCUAUUAUUGAUUCCUUUCCUCACAUUCCUCCACACCAGUUACUCCAAAAAAGGACCCACAUUUAUUCGUUUUAAUAAUUUCUUUCUUGGGGGCGGCUCAACAAACAUCGAAAACCCUAGAUAUGGGGUUACCAACUUCAUGCCAAGCUGAACAACAAAGAAAGGAACGAUUUUGAGACCGACCCAAUUCGAUUAGGCGGUCGCAGAUUCAAAGGGAAAGGAAGAGAUACAAAUAAAAAAAGAGGGUUAGAUGCGGAAAAAACCCUCUUUGGAACUGGAAGAAACCCUAAUCGAAAAUUUGAAGAACCCUUUGAUCUUUGUUCCAUGGAUUCGACGUUUUCAACCUUGGGUUUUUUGAUCUUUGCUGUUACACUUUCUUUCUAUGCCUUUCUUGUUCAAUCAGAGAUAACAGUUGUGCACAUUGAUAGAUUAGCAUCUCCGGCGCCACCGCCACCACCACCUCCACCUCCACCACCACCGCCUCCGCCUCCCGAAUCGCCACCCCCACCUCCGCCACCUCGCCACCGUCGUUCACCGCCGCCACGUCAUUCGGCCCAUAGGUCCCCUCCUCCGCCCCCCGAAUCGCCGCCAACACCGUCCGAUGCGCAAGCGAGCGAGCUGGGAUCUCCGCCGCGCGAUUAUCACCGCUACUGGAUCCCUCCGCCGCCUCCGUCUGGACAGCAAAGCGGAAUGAACACAGGGAAGAAAGUUGGGCUCUUGUUUGUAGGAAUUGUGGCGGUUAUGCAGAUUGCCAUGGUUAGUUUCUUGGUGUUCCAGAGAAACCAGCUUCUUAAGGGCAAUGACAGAUAUGAGAAUUAUUCUUGAAACAAAAAGAUUUUGUUUUUUCCAUAUCAUCAAUCAUCGAUUCGUUUUAAUUUGGUGGGUUUUGAGGCUUUAAAUUCUUUAGUGGCUGCAUUAUAAAUUUGGGGUUGGGAUUGAGAUUAACAAGUGCAUCAGAUUUUGGAAAGAGAAAAAGCAUGGGUGGCUUGAAUUCAAAGUAUGAAUCUGAGGAAUGAUAUUUGGGAAGAUUUAAAAAAAUGGGAAAAAAUUUGUGCAUUGAUGAUUCUCUCAUUGGCGGCCCCUAGGUGUUACUCUGUAUAGUGGUAAUGUUAGUUUGAUGGGGCUUCCUUUUUUUUUAUGUUUUAAAGUUUCACUCCUUUUUACUAUGUAGUUUCUUUUUUUUUUUUUAAAUAUUUUCUCUAACAUGCUCAAUGUACAAUAGUGUUAGGAACCUUUGAAGGAUUAACAAUGACAAAGCUUUGAUAUUCUUUGUUUCUCUCAGUUUUGAUGUCAAGUUUGUCCUUUGUAGCUUGUGGUUUGAAGUGUUUGAUUUGAUGUUAUGAAUGCUGUGAUAAUCAGUAAUCCUGUUGUAGCUUCAAAUUGAUGUUUGAUAACGUUAUGGUCACUCCAAAGCAACCACCUUUUGUUUUGGUUUUAUUACAAUCUAUAGAGAGGGAUAUCUUCCCAUAAAUAGGAAUAGUUCAAUCUUAAAGUGUAGUGGAAAUAGUGUUAUUUAUUUAUGUGUCAAGGUUAUUGGCAAAUUUGCACUUUGAAUUGAGCUUGUUUGUACUUGUUAAGAUUGCUAUAAAUAUAUAGUUAUCUA